AGUGACGUCGUUUCAAACUCGCCUUAUCAUCCACCUCCGCCGAUCCGAUUUUUUGAAAAAUACGAACUUAACAAAACCAUUUGGCGAGUUCCUAAGCGGUACGAUAGCUUGUCUCCCGUUGGCACUGGAGCUUAUGGAAGCGUGUGCGCUGCCAUUGACACAGUAACGAACGAGAAAAUUGCUAUCAAGAAACUUUCGAGACCGUUUCAAAGCCCCGUUCAUGCUAAACGAACUUACAGGGAACUGAAGCUUCUGAGGCACAUGACACAUGAAAAUGUACUAUCGUUGUUUGUUUUUAUUAACCGGCCUUUUCUAACUGAAGCAUACUUCGUAUCAUCCCUUAUGGGUUCAGAUUUGCGAAAUAUCCUCAGAAUUCAACGUUUGACUGAUGAUCACGUGCAGUUUUUAGUGUAUCAGAUUCUGCGGGGGUUGAAAUACAUUCAUUCAGCCGGCGUCAUACAUCGGGAUCUGAAGCCAAGUAACAUCGCCGUCAACGAAGACUGUGAGUUGAAGAUCCUUGACUUCGGCUUGGCACGGCAAACAGAUGAUGAAAUGACCGGAUAUGUCGCCACACGAUGGUACCGCGCACCGGAGAUUAUGCUGAAUUGGAUGCAUUAUAAUCAAACUGUUGACAUAUGGUCCGUUGGUUGCAUAAUGGCAGAAAUGCUCACUGGUUCCCCUUUGUUUCCUGGCAGCGAUCACAUCGAUCAGUUGACUCGUACUAUGGAUGUGGUUGGUACUCCUAGUGACGAAGUCUUGCAGAAGAUGCAGUCUGAAGAAGCGCGUUGCUACAUUAUGAGUUUACCGAAGCACAUGAAGAAGGAUUUCAGUACGCUG